AUGACCCAUUACAUGCAUGUGCAGGAGAGCUUGCCUGAUGACUUUAGCGAAGACUGCCUCACCCUGAAUAUUUGGACAUCACAAAGCUCACGGACAGACUUACCAGUGAUCUUCUGGUACUACGGCUCGGGAUUUACUCAGGGAGGAACGAAAUCUCUGUACUACAACCCCCAAUCCUGGGUUCAACGAACGCAGGAACACAUUGUCAUCAGCGUCAACGUUCGGGCAAAUAUAUUUGGUUUCCCAAACGCUCCUGGACUAGUGGAGCAGAACCUUGGCCUACUCGAUCAACGUCUCUCGCUUGAGUGGGUUCGAGACAACAUCGCUAGUUUUGGCGGCGAUCCAUCAAAAGUAGUUGCUUGGGGUCAAAGCUCGGGAGCAGUAGCCGUCGACUAUAUCAACUUUGCCUACGCCUCAGACCCCAUCAUCAGCGGAAUGAUCCUUGACUCCGCUACUGCUUUUUACCCGACUGAAGUAAGACAAAGCGCGGAUUCUGCCCAAAGCAACUUCACGGCUGUUGCUGUAGCACUUGGCUGUAGAUCUGCGCCCUCGCAACUUGAUUGUCUAAGGAAGGCAUCGUGGCAAGACAUUGCCUCCGUCUUGAAAGAAGACGUCAGCCUCAAAUUCUUGCCUGUGGUUGAUGAGCGUAUUGUCUUUUCAGACUAUUCCAGAUGGUAUGAGGAAGCAGGUGUCUCGUCCAUCCCUGCAAUUAUCGGAACAAAUCAGCACGAAUACAACAUAGGUCUCCCUCAACCCCUGGGGCCGAACUUCACCCAAACAGCUUCCGACACUAUAACAAACAUUACAACCCUCUGUACUGCAGCACACGCAUCUGAGCUUCGACAAGGGAGUUCUCGUAGGACCUACAGGUACAGGUAUGACGGCAACUUUCCUAACAUAUCGCCAGCCGGGUAUCCAGGAGCCUACCACACGGCCGAAUUGCCUUUGAUCUUCGGUACCGAUUCUAAGUACCAUGGACCAUCGACUGCGGAGGAGACAGCGGUUGGUAGAACACUGCAAGACCUUUGGCUGGAUUUUGCAAAAGAUCCUGGGUACGGUCUCCGGCAUAUCGGCUGGCUUUCAUAUGAGGAGGGCAAAGCUGUACUACUUGGACACACGGAUUCUCAUAUGAGAGAAAUCGGUGUCUCUGAGCUUGACGGGGUGUGUAGCUCACUGAAAGACCUCCCGUAA